AUGCGUGUUUCUGUCUCCUGCGAUGCCUGUAGACAGGCCAAGGUCAAGUGCGUGCACGACGGAAGCCCGCCUUGUCGUCGGUGUCAGCGUUUGAGCCGGCAUCCGUGUCACCUGACUGAGCCUCGCUCUCGCUCCUCGCUCUCACUCUCUUCGCUUUCCCCUCGACGGACCCCGCGAGCUCAACGAACACGACCAACACCAAUUUCAUCAAUUCCAUCGAUUCCAUCAAAUUCAUCAAUUCUACCAGAUCCUUCGCAUCGUUCAGACUCAUCGAACCCAUCGAAUUCAUUGAAUUCUUCAAAUUUAUCGUCUUCGCGAGCAGAAACACCCUUCUCCUCUCUUCGAUCAACAACGCUUAUUGCCGCCUGCGACCUCUACCGCAGGAAAUUCCCCGUUGUCAACUUCUUGCACUACCCAUCUCUGAUUGCUGACCUUGCCCGCGAUGCCGCGACUGUUGAGCCCGUCUUCCUGGCGGCUCUUCUCUCGCUCUGUGCUCGCUUCAUGAGCGAUCCAGCUCUGAGGCCGUCAGAGACAUACGCGGAAUAUGCCCGCACCCAGCUGGCUCAUCGUUCCUUCGAGUCGCCCUCUCUCCCGCUCGCGCAGUCGCUCGUUAUGAUCUCGUUGUAUGAAUGGGGCACUGGCCGGCCGUAUCGGGCGUGGAUGUACAGCGGAAUGGCCACGUAUAUGAUCCAAUCGCUGCUGAAGACGGCCGACGAUCAUAUGGAACACUUGCCAGAAGACUUUCACACGCAUGCAGAUACCCGAAUCGCUUACGAACAGCUCGUCCGGACGUACUGGUGUUGUUUCGCGCAGGACUGCGAGCUGAGCUCUGGCGCGCGACAGCAUUUUGCCCUCUCUUUUCGCCAGAUCUCGGUACCCCUGCCGAUGCGUGACUCAGAUUUCAAUUUCGGCCAAGCUGCUCAGAGACUGACGCCGGCGGAUAUAAACGGCGCUGUUGCGGGGGGAGUCCGGUUGGGAAUCGAGCAUGGGUUAACAAUCGUGACACGCGGGUUUGAUAUCUUCGUGCGGAUCCUGCGUUUUGCGAACGAGAGCCGGCGUGACCGUGCUCGUGGGGCAGUGCGGUCGUCGGCGUCAAUGUGGGCGUCAUUAAAGGAGGAGCUGGAUGAAUGGAGGGCUUUACAGGAUACUACGGUCCGGUAUCCGGAGACCAGUGCACCCGCUCAUGUUGCGCUUGGGUACGGAGAGCUGUUUGCGUACAUUAACCUGGUAUACUUCAUGAGCAUCCUCUUCCUCGACCGCGACCGAUUCCUCGCCAGCCCCAGAACCCCUGACAGCUCAGGCCAACUGGAUUCUGAUGGCGACACGAUCGACCGUCUCUUUGCGACUGCACAGCACAUUGGAGCGAUCCUCUCGUCCCUAGAGAGCUGCGCAACGCCCGUCAUUACCCCUUAUGCGGGGUUCAGCGUUUUCGUUGCCGCGCAUAUCAACAUGUACGGUACGGUGUCUCCGACACGCUACCCCGGCGGACUCGAGCGCGCAGAGCAGGAGAAGAAGUCGAACCUCGAAUACCUAGAACGGCUGUGUCGGUUCUGGGAUGUAGGGACCAGCUGGUGGCGCACCCUGCAAGAGGCAAACCGGUUCUACGAGAGCGCGCGCUCACACCAGGGCCUGGAGUCGCAAUCUAGUGACCAUCUGACUCUGGCUGGAACAUUUGACGAGUACGGCGAUAUCCGUAUCUCCCGGCCGGAUCAUUCGACCUCCACUUCCCGAGGAGGCACCUCGCCCGUCGAGCACGGUGCCCCCACGGCGGUCAGAAACAGGGGAAACUCAGUCCUGGAUGCCGAGCAGGGUGCGCCGGGUGUCUACGAUCUAGAGGCAGAGAUGAUGCAGUGGCCUUUUCUCGACGAGAACUGGUCCGUGGGAUUUGCGACGGGGUACGAGAAUACUUGGCCAGGGCUGGGCUAA